GGAGGAAAGAAAAGGGCAAGGAAGAGACUUGUAAUAAAUUCAGCCUCGCAGUCUUGGCGCCAUUCAGACCUAAAGAGAAAUAAAAUAGUUGAAUUUUCAUUGAUUGUUUUAUCCAGGUUUGCGCCUAGCAGCUGCUCCUCUCAUAGCCAUCGUCACGAUACUAAUAACUCGGCACCAGCGAGGCACAGGGACAAUAGAGCCGUGUUUCUCCCGGGGACCGAUAAGACACAGCGGCAAAAUGGGGAGGAAGUCCAACAGAGCAAAGGAGAAGAAAGCCCGGCGCCUGGAGGAGAGGGCUGCUAUGGAUGCUGUCUGUGCUAAGGUGGACGCAGCCAAUAAGCUGGAUGACCCACUGGCUGCGUUCCCAGCCUUCAAAAAGUACGACAGAAAUGGGCUGAACCUGCAGAUAGAGUGUAAGAGAGUGACCUCCCUCAACCCACUGUCUGUGGAGUGGGCCUUCGAACUCACCCGAGCCAACAUGCAGACACUGUAUGAGCAGAGUGAGUGGGGGUGGAAGGAGAGGGAAAAGAGGGAGGAGAUGAACGAUGAGAGGGCGUGGUACCUUCUGGCCCGUGACUCUGACUCCGCCCCCGUGGCCUUCUCUCACUUCCGAUUCGACGUGGAGUGCGGAGAGGAGGUUUUAUAUUGCUACGAGGUGCAGUUAGAGAGCAGAGUGCGGAGGAAAGGACUCGGCAAGUUCCUCAUCCAGAUACUACAGCUCAUUGCUAACAGUACACAGAUGAAGAAAGUGAUGUUGACAGUUUUCAAACACAACCACGGGGCUUACCAGUUCUUCAGAGAUGCUUUACAGUUUGAGAUCGAUGACACUUCGCCAAGCAUGUCCGGUUGCUGCGGCGACGACUGUUCUUACGAGAUCCUGAGCCGGCGGACCAAACAUGGCGAGGCCUCGGCAGGACACACCCAUGGGGGCGGGCACUGCGGGGGCUGCUGCCACUGAUCCCGCUUCAGUUACACCUUUUAUGAUUGGUUAAAAGCCAGCAACUUUCAUGGCUGUGUGUGAAAGCUUGAGCUGCUUGCUAUUCUGCAAACAGUUAUGAGUUUGAACGGUCAUUUCUACGGCCGUUAAAAAUGAACCGAUGGUGGAAUACCUCGCUACAGAUAUUAAUGUUGCAUUAUGGAUUGAGAUUUAUGUGUCUUUUGUGUAUUCCUGCUACAAAAGCAGUAUGCAGUGUGAGCUUUCACACAUAGCCCCUGUUUGUCGUUUCCUACUUCUUGGUUCAAUGUCCAAGCCAUCUUUUUUCAUUCUCUUAUCCCACUUAAUGACUAUUAGUAGUUCCCUGUCCAGAAAAAGCUUUUUGCUGACGAUAUUUACCACCACACUCAACCUCAUCCCAUCUUGCUCUCAUUUCUUGAUGUGCUAUAAUGUAUUGAAUCAUUCUGCGGUUCUGCUUAAACUGUAGGUUGGGACAGAAAACCGGAUACUGGCCUUGGGCUGUAUUAUAGAAACUCAUUACCUCUGGUCAACGUCUCUCAAGUUUAAGGUAGAAUUUAUCUAAGUGGCAAAUUCUGCUAGGUUGAUAAAUCAUGAACUAACUCAAAUUACCAUGGAUACUAAGCAGGUAAGAUCAGUUCUGUAAUACAGCCUCUGUUUUCCUUGGGACCUGACACUGUGACUACUCGCUUGUUUCACUGAACCAGGGUCCCAGGAUUAGGCUGAAUGUACUCAAGUUUAGGUUCCCUUAAAAGCAGUCUGAGAAGCCCUGCUAUACUGUAACAUUACCUGUUGUAACACAAGUUAUAUGCACAUAUGGCUUGUGACUGCUUUUGUUACAAAAGCACUGCAGCUAGCAGCAACUGCACUGUUUAGAACCACAUUUGCCCGUGAUACUACUGUUACAUGAUUACAAUACACUAUUAGCACUAUCCAUCUUCUCUAUUCAGGUGAUACCUUAAAGGUAUAGACGUCUCCCCUGCUUUUAUUUUUUAUAACUUAUAAGACAUGAUGUCCAAGAUUGUCUUUUUCCUUAUUACGUCUUCUCCACUCUCCCAGUUGAAAUGAGUAAAAAAAAAAACUUUAAUCGUAUCAUCUGUUGCUGUAAAUAUGCAUCCAACCCAGAAAAUAACCCCAGUACAAUCCUCUUGCUCAUUCAAAUGUUCAGCUUGCUUUCAUAUUUCCUGAGCAGAGGUCCUGAUACCACAUUUUCCCUUGCUUGAGUUUUGUGAGAAAAAAAUCACAUCCUUCUCUAAUUUCUCCUGUUUAUUGUGCCUCCGCUCUCCCUCCAUGUCCUAAAGGUGCUGAACGAUGACUGCAGACUCAUAUUUAAGUCAACUUUGUACAAUUGCAUAACUCAUGCUUACCUCUUUGUUCACUUUGUUUCCAAGAGGUACUAAUGAUAAACAAGCCGAUGUUGACGCUACUUUUAGCUGUAUUUAAAAACUACUAAAACCAUCUUCCAUCCCUCCUCCUACAUAUUUUGUUAGCACGAGCAAAUCAUAUUGAUUUAACAUGGAUGAAAAUUGGUAGACAUCACCACUUCAUUAUAUGGCCAUCUGAAGCUGAUGAAUGCUAUUAACUUGGGGGAAGGAGCAUAGAUGAAUGAAUGGAUCGAUGGAUGAUAGAAGUAAUUACAGAGCACUGAAGGCAUUUUUAUGGUCGUUAUUCCUCCUUUCUCCUCAGUCGUGACAUGUUUUCCCAGCCCACUGUCAUUAGCUUGCAUGGCAAGAUUUAAAAAAUGUUGAACAAAACGCUCAGCUAAAAUCCGGAUUACACAACAGCAGUGCUGCUUCCGAUCAGUAGCUGCACUGUUUGAACCUGUAUCUAAAGUCCUCGUGGGGUUCAAUUUGCAUUACUUUAAUAUUUCAUACAAAUCUCCUAUGAAAGACUGCAUGUCAAAAGUAUGUGAAAGGGAGAGCUGUGUGAAAUUAAAAGAUAAUGCUGGGGUUUUGUAUUCCUUAAAGCAUCUUGGCACAAAGUCAGUACUGUAAGGUUUGGGUAAAGUCAUACUUUACAUCUGCUUCCCCAGAAUAAUCUUACUGCCAAGAUGCCUGUAGGAGUUCCACUGGGGAUUUUAGAUACCACUUUACUAGUCACCCUAGAAAGGCCGCUGUAACCACUUCAACCUUGUUGAUUCCAUAUCUGUUUACAAAACCUUCAGGGUAUUUUUGGACAGUUUCAAGUUCUAGUCGGCUGGGUUAGAGGCCCUAUCUAGAAACCACCGUAAAACCCUUUAAUUCCAGGACUGUAGUCAGUUUAUACAGAUUUUAUGUGCGGGCUGGAGGCGUGAAAAGAUAAAUCUUUACACUACUGUGGAUGCAAAUAUUCCUCUAUUUAAUGUGGCUGACAGGGCCAUAACUUGGUACGGUAUGAAAUGUUUUUAAAAAUCAGGUCACACUAAGGCUUGACUUGAGAUUUCAUACAGAUUAUUACCUGAUUGAGUAUGUGAAAACGGGGAGACUGAAAUAUGAAAUAGACACUUUCUUACAACCACAUAAAUACUGAAUUAAUCUGUGUUACACAAGAACAAAGAUGUAUUUACCACCAAAAAAACCCUUGUGGAUUACUAAAUCCAGAUCCUGGGGUGAAAGUUUUGGUUGUUUCCAGACUGGGUGGAGACAAUAAAAAAAAUUUCAUAUAAAAAAUAUUCAGCACCUGUA